AUGAAUCAAAAAGAUCCUGCAUGGAAGUAUGCAAAAGAAAUAGAGGGGGAAAAAUACUUGAGAUGCGCAUUUUGUGAUCAAAGAUGCAGUGGAGGAAUUUCUAGACUUAAGCAUCAUUUAGGUCAAACUCAUCACGGUAUGCAACCAUGUAAGAAAGUUCCUGAGCAUGUGAAAAAAGAGUGUGCCGUAACUUUGAAAAAUCUUCAGCUUGAAAAAAGAAAGAAAAAUGAAAUGCUUAGAGAGAUUGGGGAUGGUCUAGAAGGAGGGGCUCUGAGUAUGGAAACUUCAUUGGAUGAAGAAUAUGGAAUCCCUGGUACUAGGAGUGCUGCAGUUGAUGAGACUCUUAGAGCACAACCUAAAUCAAAAGGACCAAUGGAUAGAUUUGUCACUUUAGAAGCUCGGCAAAGUACAUUAAAUUCAGCAUACAAACAAGAAGAAAGAAAGGAAGUUUGUCGAAAGAUUGGUCGUUUUUUCUUCUCUAGAGCACUCCCAUUUAAUAUUGUAAAUGAUCCAUUUUGGCUACCUAUGGUGGAAGGGAUUGCCGCAUAUGGUGUAGGAUUUAAGCCUCCAUCAAUGCAUGAGCUGAGGACUUGGAUCCUUAAGGAAGAAGUUGGCUACAUUAAUACGAUGAUAGAAGAACAUAAGAAAGCUUGGGCAGAGUAUGGAUGUACUAUUAUGUCUGAUGGUUGGACUGAUGGUAAAAAUAGAGUACUAAUAAACUUUCUUGUGAAUAGUCUAGCAGAUACUUGGUUUUUGAAAUCUAUUGAUGCAUCUGAUUCCAUAAAAAAUGGAACGUUAUUGUUGAAAUAUUUAGAUGAUGUUGUCGAAGAAGUUGGAGAGGAGCAUGUCAUUCAAGUAAUAACAGAUAAUGCUUCCAAUUAUAAGAAUGCUGGAGUGAAACUUAUGGAGAAGAGGAAGAAGUUAUGGUGGACUCCAUGUGCUGCCCACUGCAUUGAUUUGAUGUUAGAAGAUAUUAGCAAAAUGAAAGUUUUUGAAGAUACAAUUAGACUAGCCAAGCAAGUAGUGAAGUUUAUUUAUGGGCAUACAUGGGUUCUUGCUUUGAUGAGAUCUUUCACGAAAAACAAAGAGAUAAUUCGCCUUGCAAUCACACGGUUUGCCACUUCUUAUCUUACUCUUCGAAGCAUCUAUAAGCAAAAGCAACCUCUUCAGGCAAUAUUUUCUUCUAGAGAAUGGCACAAUAGACCAUUUGUCCAACAUAAUGAAGGUAUUAGGGCUCACUCAACUAUACUAUAUGAUGUUAAUUUUUGGUCCCGUGUUGCUUUCUGCAUCAAAAGUGUUAUUCCAUUAGUGUCGGUUUUAAGAGAAGUUAAUUCAGAGGAGAGACCUGCUAUGAGAUUUAUUUAUGAGUUAAUGGAUGUUGCAAAAGAGAAGAUUGCUUUUAAUUGUGGAAAAGUUGAAAGAAAGUAUAAACCAAUUUGGAGAAAAAUAGAUGAAAGAUGGGGCCCACAACUCCAUCAACCUUUACAUGCUGCUGGUUAUUAUUUGAACCCUCAAUUGCGUUAUGAAGAAACCUUUUCUAAUGCUGAUGAAGUGAGGAAGGGAUUGGAAGAUUGCAUGACUAGGAUGUUGUCUUUCGAGGAUCGUAUGACUGCUGAUAUCCAGUUGGACUUGUAUGAUGAGGCAAAAGGAGAGUUUGGAAGUCGUCUUGCAGUGAAUUCAAGGAAACUACGAACUCCAGCAAAUUGGUGGAAGCUUUUUGGAAGGGACACACCUGAGUUGACAAAGUUUGCUAUUCGGGUCCUUAGCCUUACUUGUAAUGCAUCUGGGUGUGAGAGGAAUUGGAGCACAUUUGAGCAGAAAAGAAAUAGACUUGAACAUCAAAAGCUUAAUGCUCUAGUAUAUGUGAAGUAUAAUACGGCACUAAGAGAGAAAAGUAUUAAAAGGAGGUCAAAGAUUGAUCCAAUAUUGGUGAAUGAAAUUGAGUCCGAUGAUGAAUGGAUAGCUGAGGUUGAAGAACCAAUUCUACCAACUGAUCUUAUUUGGCUUAAUUCUCAAGAAUUAUAUGAUGUUGAUGUCAUCAGAAAUAUGCCCACUGAACCUUAUGAAACUGAUCUACAUACUCGAGUGCCUAUUUCUGUGGAGCCUAUUGGUAAGAGGAAAGUCAAAAGCAAGUCCAUAAGAGCUAUGCUUAUGGAUGAAGAUGAUGAGAUAGAUAAAGAUCCUUCAACAUUUGAUAGUGGGAAAUAUCCUUUUCAUAUUGAUACAGUUGAUCAAUAUGACAGUGAUGCUAGUUUGAAUGAUAUUAGUGUUGAGGAGAGGGAUGAAUGA